AUGGCCAUGGCUGAGUACGGGAGAAUGGACCCCUUCUCCUUUGCGGGCUCCAAGGAUGUCGACCAUCCUGUGAGCGUCCGAAUAAUGAACCUAGAGGGGGACGAGCCUCCAGUCAAAUAUUCGACGCUCCUUGAGCGACCGGACCUCAGGCAUAUUGGGUCCAACACCAGCCCGCAUUCCGAGCUUUACGUAACGAUACAAGUCUGGGCCGGCUCUAAACCCCUUACAAUCCCCGUACAGACAGCAUACAAGCCCUUCCGAUCCGAACGAAAAUGGAACGAGUGGCUAGAGCUGCCCAUCACAUACAAGUCGCUGCCCGUAAAUUCUCGUCUCGCCAUCACAAUAUGGGACCUGUCACCUACCGGGGGGAAAGACGCUAUUGACCAUGCGAUUCCCUUCGGAGGCACCACAUUGCCCAUGUUUGAUAUCGACAAUCAAAUCCAAAAAGGUCGCCAAAAGUGCCUCGUCCACAGGCACAAGCAUGCUGACGGAACAGACAACUCCACCACGCCGGCUUUGGUCACGACAAAAAUAAAGGCCAGCCUUCGGAAUGGGGGUGGUCCACUUGUCGAUAAAGACGCCGAAGAGCUCGACAGAAUGGAAAAGUUGUUCAAGAAGCAUGAGAUGGGAGAGAUUCCCCGCGUGGACUGGCUGGACCAGAUGGUGUUCCGAAGCUUCGAGAAAAAGGGCCUGCAGGCCGCAAAGUCAUCCAUGAAGAUGCUUCAGCGUCAGCGAGCUCUCAACGGAGAUAAUAAUGGCAGCCAUUCUCCCCAUGUCGAUGACCAUGGUCUUGAUGACGGCCGCCCAAACACGUCAGCUUUUCUACUUAAUGUUGAACUGCCACGAUUUGAUUUCCCCGUCGUAUUCGCCGACCAUGAAUAUGACCCACCGCCGAUAUCAGCCUUGCAACCGCUCUCAGCUUCCCAAGGGACGCUCCCGCUCCAUCAGCCGCAGGUUCAAUUUGGCCCAGGUAUCAAUGCUAUGGGAGAGGGUUCUGAUGGAUUCGGGGCCCGGCUCAUCAAGGUCUACGAUCCAGAGGUCGGCCAGAGAGACAAUCCUGCAGAAGCUAAGCACAGGCGGCUGUUCCGAAGCUCACACAGGCACGGAAUCCUGGACAAGGAUCUCAAACCGAACGCAAAGGUCCGAGACGAGUUGAAUUUGAUCAUGGCAUAUUCGCCAACCCAUGUUUUGUCACCGGAGGAGGCCGACUUGAUUUGGAAGUUUAGAUAUCACCUGACUAGAGACAAGCGAGCCUUGACUAAAUUUGUCAAAUCGGUCAACUGGACUGACCAGAGCGAGUCCAAGCAAGCGAUACAGGUCCUUGGCCGCUGGACGGAGAUUGAUGUCGACGACGCCCUUGAGCUUCUUGGGCCGUCGUUCGACAAUCCGGCCGUUCGUUCAUACGCCGUAGAACGGUUACGAAAAGCUGAUGAUCAUGAGCUACUCCUCUAUCUCCUUCAGCUGGUACAAGCACUGAAAUACGAGCACAUAUCUGCAGACUCUGAACAAGAGAGCAUACAGGAUUCGUCACUGGCACGUUUUCUCAUACAGCGGGCUGCGGCGAACUUUAUGCUUGGCAAUUAUUUCCACUGGUAUCUGAUGGUCGAAUGCGACGAUCACAGUCCAGAACAAGGAAUUGAUAAUCGAAACAUAUAUCGCAAAGUCGCUUAUGAUUUCAUGACCGAGCUCGUCAAACAGCCAACCGGAGCCGAAAACAGGAAAAUGCUACUCAGACAAGCGGAGAUGAUUGCUAUCCUCUCCAAGGUAGCGGCCGACAUUAAAUCAUCCGGCGAGUCGAUUGCGAAGAAAACCGACCGCCUAAAACACUUUUUGGCAGAUCCCAAGAACGAGCUUCUUACCUUUGACCCGCCUCUGACUAUGCCCCUUGACCCAGCAAUCAAGGUUGUCGGCAUUGCACCGGACCAAGUUGCAGUAUUCAAGUCAUCGCUGAAUCCAAUCAAGUGCACCUUUAAAACCACGAGUGGUGGCACAUAUCCCGUCAUAUUCAAAUUGGGCGAUGACCUGAGGCAAGACCAACUGGUCAUUCAAAUCAUCACACUCAUGGACCAGCUCCUCCAAAAGGAGAACUUGGACCUGAAGCUGUCGCCGUACAAAAUUCUAGCAACCAGCACAACUGCAGGCGCCUCCCAAUUCGUCCAGUCGCAAAGCUUGUCGGCGAUUGUCAGCAAAUACAAGACCAACCCCGCGCUCGCGUACCUCAGACAUCACAACCCCGACGACAGGCAACCCUUGGGUGUACGACAGGAGACUCUAGAUACGUACAUCAAGUCCUGUGCCGGAUACUGCGUCAUCACCUACAUCCUCGGCGUCGGCGACCGCCACCUCGACAAUCUCCUGCUCGCACCCGACGGCCACUUCUUCCACGCCGACUUCGGCUUCAUUCUCGGCCGAGACCCAAAGCCGUUCGCGCCGUUGGUGAAGCUGUCCAAAGAAAUGGUCGAGUGCAUGGGCGGCGUCAACUCGGAGCAGUACAACCGCUUCAAACAGUACUGCUUUCUAGCCUACACGGCCCUGCGGAAAUCCUCAAACCUCAUCCUCAACCUCUUCAGCCUCAUGCUGCACGCCAACAUCCCCGAUAUCCGCCUGGAGCCUGACAAGGCCGUCAUGAAGGUGCGCGAGAGGUUCCACCUGGAGCUCAGUGAAGAGGAGGCCAUUGUGUACUUUGGGAACGUGAUAGAGGGCACGCUGACGGCUUUUGCGCCAGUCGUGAUUGACAAGUUGCAUGAGUGGGCGCAGGCGUUGCGCGCCUAG